AUGCGCGACGCCGUGGCCGGCGGCCAGGCGGCGUGCGCUCGGUGCUGGGCGGACGCGGACGUCUGCGGCGGCAGUGCACGCCGGACCGAGGCGAACGAGCGGACCGCGCGGCGACACGCUCUCAGCGGCCGGAGCGCGCGACGACGGCCUCCGCCGGAACCACUGUGCGGCGUCCGCGGCGCUGCCCGCCCACACCUGCCAGAAACCAAAGUGAAAGAAGUACUGGUCUUCAGCCUUCAUAAGGACCCUGUAGUUGCGAGGACUGUGCUUCAAUUUGACCCUGUGGAAAGCGAACCGGAUCAUCGACAGUUCGCUGUGAAGGGGCUGUUGCUUUUGGGAAAUGCAGACAGCUCCCAUCGAGUUGUUCGUAUAAUGCGUGAACCGCUUGGGAUGGCAACGCGUGCGGCUGUGAGCUUGACUUGAGGUCUGGACGAACGACAUGGGUAGCCCAACCAUCCUUCAUCUGCUGCUCAUCGUCAACGCCAACAUUCAUCUGAGUGGGUCAGCCGUCAGGGACCAGCUGCAAGACCAUCACAGACACAUGUCUUCCGACCCAUCGUGGAAACAACGACAGCGUACCGUCGAAACAUCCAAUGUUCACUCCAGUUUUGGAUUCACUACAUCGACAUCGAGUCCCGACAGACAGCACGACAAGCGAUCGACAGAUUUAGAAAACGAUAUAUCGAAUUAUACCGAGGUUGCAUCGAAUGGUUAUUACGCCUUCCAAGACAGUAACGGAUUUCGCGAUGCAUACAGACCGACUACAGAAAAGCCUGGUACCAGAACGAAAGAAGACGCUAACCCGAUAAAAGAAUUCGUUUCGACCGUUUCUCCGUCUAAGAGAAAAUCCGAUGAAGCUCUCAGCUGGUCAGUCAGUCUGAAGAAAUUUCACCAUGCUAAGCCGGCCACAGCUUCAAUGCCUCUUGGCCUAAGGCGGCGCCGUGAUCGGUUUCUUCGUAGCGUAAGAGAUGAAACAUUGUCUGCAGCAAGCCUCAUCACCUUCGAUACCAUAUCGCAGACUCAGGCGCCUUCCCCGUUGGAACAGGUGUCAACAGAGGAGGCCUCAGUUCAGCCGCUACGCAAUGUGCCACAAAAUGGACGGGAUUAUACGAAUAGUGUCUCUGGUGGGUCGGGCGAAGUGUUCCGCCGGCAGAAACCGCCGGUGGAGCCUGUGCACGCGGCUGAUGGGGAUAUUACGGGGACCGGUUUACGCGCCGCAGAUCGCCCCAAGAGCCUCGUAAACGGCAACCGCACCGCCGGGGAUGUCUAUAGCGAAGGAAGCAGUGACCGCGGGAUGUCGACGUCUGCGCCCGACGACGAUAACGCACAAAGUAUCAAAACUUCUCCUACCACCCAAGACGCCGGAGGUAACGUAAAAAGCACAAUCAUUACGUCGCGCCUAGCCAACCUCAACCCUAAUAAGACUUUUGGCAGCACUAAUUAUACCAACCUCAAGCAAGACAAAGGAGAAUUCGACGAAUAUUUCGAAGCGAACACACCAUCUUUAUCAAGUCAAAAUUCGCUUACAUACGCGACGCCUCGGCAGCAAAAGGAAAACUUCAGUAGUACGUCCAACUACGAUAACCUCAAUGAAAUAACAACGACCGCAAGUGAAGAUAUGGGCACACAAGGUACUCUGUCUGUCGGUACCACACCCAGUACGACUGUUUCGAAUCGUUUGAGUGCCCAGUCCAAAAGUGCUGGAUUAGGAAGUUUUCCAAGUAGGUCGACAUAUUUACGUCGAUUUAAUAACAAGGACAUAUCACUGUUCAGCCUUAUCGCAGAAUCUGCAGAUUCAUCGUUACAAAAGGCAGACUUGAGUGACGUCGAGGCGCCUGCAGAAAUUAGAGGCGGUGGUAGUGUUAACGAGAAAUACGUCAGCACUACCUCAAGAGCAAGUGAGAGAGCAACGAUUGACCGUAAGUUGGCGAAACAUCACAAGCUUACCGCUCAGUUG